AUUCACACUGUACAUCACACCCGGCCAACUGCCGAUCGUCCGCUACAGUCGCUCGCCCGCGUUCGGCAGAUCAGUCAGACAAUUUUUUUCCAUACGCGCUCGGUCGCACGCCCGCACACACGUUCUCGUAUGCUUAUAUAUAAAUAAGUACAAAAUACGCGUAUAUAAUAAGCGCCGGCACCGCUGCUGCUGUUGGGACGUCGUAUAUCUGUCGCGUGUGUGUGUGUGUGUGUGAGUGUGGCGUGUUUUUGUGCACAAAGAUAAUAAUAAUAAUAUUACUAUUAACUACCAGACACACCAUAUCACAUAUAAUAUUGUAUUAAAUUGUAAAGCCGUAUAUAAUAUACAGCUGCAGCGCUGCUGGUAAAGCGGUGCAACUGCAGUCGUCGCCAAUAAGAGGGUUCAGCGCGGCCAGUGUAGCACGAGGGAGACCCAGCAAAACGCGGUCAUCGCGACUGCACUUCAUUCGCGAUCAACUGCAAGUGUCGGCGAAGUCGCGCCGGAAAACACAAACGUUUGGCUGAUAAAAGAUCAGUGGUCAAACGUCACCGUCGGUAGCUGCUGCAUCGAUCAUAGAGCGGUAUACAACAUAUUGAAAAUACCUAAGAUCAAUCGAAAUGACACCUUUACAGACCACGACGACAUCGGUUCGACGGUGUUCCGUCUUGACGGCCACUCUACUGCUGUUGGUAGCGGUAGCCGCCAGUUUGCCAUCCGGCGCCCGGUCAUCCGCCAUACGUCCUGCGUCUUCCGCUGCAUCGACCGAUGCCGCCGCUUCCCCGUUAGUGCCAAGCAGUUUGCAAGGCGUUUCAGCCGUCCACGCUGAAGUACCAGCAGAGGCCGCCGGAAGGUCCGUGGUGGUCAGGAAAAAAAGGACGUUGCUCAAACUCAAGCCGCUCAUCGUGUUGCCGGUCAAAGUCGCAUUGGGCACCGGCGCCAAGCUGGUGGCCGGGGCCAAGUUCGGAGCCAAAGCUGUCGGAUUGGGCUCAAAGGCAUUGGGCGUCAGUCUCGUUGGACUAAAAGCCGUCCAUAAGGUGGCCAAAGUGACGGUGAAGGCGGCCACUGCUUUGGGCGUAAAGGCGGUGCUGCUCAACUUUUUGUUCCAGAAAAUCAAUCAGGUGAUCGACUUUAAGACCCGCUUGCUGAGCAACCUUGACCAACGCAACCGGCAGCAGAAUGCACAAUUCCUGUCACCAGUGUUGCCCCAAUCCUCUUCGUCUUCGAAAUCGGGAUCAAUCGGAAACAAGGACAACGCCUCAUUCAACGUCGUCGGUGCCGCAGCUUCCGUCGGCGCUUUUGUCCCCGCACCGGACUUCGUGGCUGCCCCUGAUGCUCCGGGUUUCGUUACGAAUGCGCCAUCAACAGCACCAGCAUUCGUACCCGGAUCAGACCUAAUCGCUUCGCCACCACCACCAUCACAGCCGGACUUUGAUGGACCACCAUCGGACUUUGUUGGAACUCCGACAAAUUUUGAUAGCGCUUCAUCGAGCUUUGGCGGUGCGCCUUCUGGAUUUCCCGCCUUCCAGCCGAGCUUUGCCUCCGAACCGUCAGGCUUUGCCGCAACAAACGACGACGGAUCACCAUCGUCGGAAACGUCGUUCUAAAAAUAUGCGUCCUCUUAUCAUCGUCAUACCGUCGUCUCCUCGAUUGCAUCGACACUUGCCAGCCACACCGCCAUAAUAAUAUAUGCCAUAAUCGUCAUUUAUAUAUUAUAUUAUCCAUCAUCAUAUUAUCAUAAUCAUACAUAUAUACAUAUAUAUAUAAGUAUAGUCAUAAGUUCAUAACCAUAUAUAGUCAUAAAUAGUAAUAUAAGUUGUUUAAGAGUACUUAAAGGUGGACUCAUAGGCGCAAUUAAGAGAGACUUGGGGGUGAUUAGCUCCUUCAUAAUUUAUGCCAUUAGUGAACCAACUAAAAUAAUAAGGAGCUUCAGCAUCCCUAGUUUUUUAUUGGAAUUGCACCACGGGUAUUUAUAGGUACAAUACUCGUAAAUAUUUCAUUAACUCACACAUUGAAUCAGAGUUAUUGCGGCCGUUCGACUGUAUAUAAAAGUACAUUUUGGAUGUAGGUUAAAUUCCAUGUACAUUCUAAUAUUCUUCGUAAUCACUUAAACGAUGAUUAUCCGAGUAAAAAGGAAAACAAAGAUUCGUUUGAUUUUUGCAACCCUGGUCAAUUAUAUAACUUGAAUUAAUUACUUCAAGGUAUGGAUUAAAUUGUUAAUAUCGCGUAUAAUAGCUAUCACUAUAUGUGACAUUAAAACGAGUAUACUCUUACGUGAUAUUAUAUAACCAUUUUAAAUUAAAUUAUUGUUUACGUAUUUUUCUUAUAGUUUUCUUAUAAAUAAAUUAUAUGAUAAUACAGCCACAUAAGUUCGAGUGUAACAGAUAAUCAAAAUUUCGUUUUAUAUAACAUUAUGUAAUAUUUAGGUAUAUAUGUAUGUAUUACUAUAUGAACACAAAUCUAAAAUACACGUAAGUAAGUUUAACGUUUAACAUAAUCACACGUUUUAUAAAUUAUAAUAAAAGAGCAUACAGUAACUACACUUGCCUAAUGAAUAAUAAUUUGCGUAUAUUAGGUACACGGGACUACGUGAGCAUCUUAUAAUAUUCGUGUGUUAUAUAUAUAUAAAUUAUAUUAUUAUUAUACACCACGGAGGUUCGGUGAUUAUUACACUUCACUUUCAUAUACCACGUUAAUAAUUAAUACGUUGUAAUUAUUUUUGUUGCAACAUCCAAUAAUUUAGUGUACCAUCACUCGUCUCUUCUUCGUCGUCAUCGUUUUCAUAAUUUUCAUAAAUUAACCACGCGUGUUCGCAGAAUUUUUUAGUCCUUUCAUCACACUAAUAACCAUUAUUAUUAUCAUAUUAUUAAACCGAAUUAUCGUUAGCAUGAUUUUUUAUUUUCAUCGUCAUCUUACAUCGUUAUUGGCAGUCAACGACCAUUUCGCCAACCAAUCAUCGUCAUAUUAUCUGUAUCUAGUAUCAUCAAUUCAUCAUAAAUGAGAGUCAUAUAAAAAAAUUAUUAUUAUAUUACAUUUUAGUUGGAAACAUAGUCUUAGGUUAGUUAGGGUCAUCUAUAUAGGUUUUAGUAAUUUAGUUAGGCUUAGUAGUCAGUAGGUAAUUGUUGUCUCUUGUCUGUUGGUAUAUUAUUUAUUAGUUAUUACUAUAUAGUCGUCGUGAGAUUAUUUUUCUUAAAAGUACCUAGGUACCAAAAUUUGUUUGAAAUAUUUAUCUAAUAUAUUAAUAGCAAUAAAUAAUUGGGCCGACGGUUAUUACACAAUAGUAUAAUAUUAUAAUCGAUGGCACUACAACGAGACGUAUUGUAGCGCCUAUGAAUGAGUCUUGGCACUGUAUGUCUGUAUGCCAUGUCACUUAAUUAAUACGUAUAUAAAAUAAUAGUACUUAUAUCAAUAUUAUACUUAGUGUACAUUUUUAUCUGUAAUUGAUAUUUUAAGUGUGGCUUGGAAUGUAUAAGUACUUAUCAACGGUCUAGAACUCUAAUUUAAUUUCUAAAAUCAUUAAUUUAUCUUGUUUUUGGAUUCAGUCAGAUUUUUAUCUUUUAAAUAUUAUACACAAUAUACCCAUAGAAUUUAUUUUGUCUGUAAUUUCAAACAUUCUACAAGUUUUUCAGAAUCUGGCAAUAAAAUAAAUCAAAAAUAAUUUUAUCUCAAUAUUGAGAUAUUAUAAUAAUAUUAUAGAUUAUUGUAUGUACCUACCUAUAGGUACAAGGUUUAAUAGGUACAUAGUUGAUAGUUGUAAGCCUAAAAGUCAUAUAGGGUGGGUGUUUAAGGUAUAAUUACUAAUAGUUAAUAAAAAUAUUUAAAAAACAUAGGUUGUCUUUACUAUUUUAUAGCCAAUUAUAUUUAUUAACAGGCGUACUACUCUACGUCUAUAUUGUAGUAGACGUAUAUUAUUGUAGAUGGUUAUUUAACAUUAACUACUCUAGUCUAUAGACGAUAGGUCUAUAGACAUAUAUUAUACUCGAUACCCUAGUACACGAUAAUGUAGAGUAUAACAAUUUCAAACAAUUUCAUACGUUCUUUGCUGGUUAUUAAAAUGCAUUCGCUACCUACGUUAUAUCUAAUACAUUUUGAUUGUCAAUUCUCCAAUUAUAUUUAAUAUUUAGAUAUAUUAGAAUCGAAGACUAAAUAUAUAUUAUUUUUAAAAUUUAUCAUUGCUUAUACAGUUCACCCUUGAUCCCUUGUUUAAUCUUUCUGUAUAAAAUAUGCGUAUAAAGUUACCCCAUUGUAACAUUUAAGUGAUAUAAUUUAAUAUCGUAGUUGAUUAAUCAAAAUUACAUUAUUCUACUGUAUUUUGUGUGUAUACAGAAAUCCCUCGUUGUCCGCGGAUGUUAGGUUCUAGCGAAGUUGCGUGGAUAACAAAAACGUGGAUAACGAGGGAUUACUGUACUUAUAUAUUAUUAUAAUUGUGGUGAUAUUCAUAUAUUCAUAUUGUAAUAUUAAUUAAUGUAUUUUAAUUUUUAAUAAAUAAAAAUAAAUAUACGACUAUUUAAAAAUAUAUAA